AUGAGUCACCAUAGAUCUGAGCAAAUAUGGACAUUCNUGAUAUGUACCCCUAUAUUUCCACAGACAAUGAGUCGCCAUAGAUUUGAGCAAAUAUGGACAUUCUGGCAUUUCAAUGAUAACGCCAAAAUGGACAGUCGCUCGGGGAGACUUUUCAAGAUCCAACCUGUGCUGGAUUAUUUCCUGCAUAAAUUUCGAACAGUAUACAAACCAAAGCAACAGUUGGCUUUGGACGAGGGAAUGAUUCCAUGGAGAGGACGUUUAAAAUUUCGCACGUCCAACCCAGCAAAAAUAACAAAAUACAGUUUACUUGUUCGGAUGGUGUGAGAGAGUGACACCGGCUAUAUCUGCAAUAUGGAGAUAUACACUGCUGAAGGAAAGAAAUCGCAAGAAACUGUUCUUUCAGUCCUUGGACCCUAUCUUAGCAUAUGGCACCAUAUUUACCAGGAUAAUUAUUACAAUGACACUACUGCUGAAUUGCUGCUACAGAACAAAACUAGAGUCUUUGGGACUAUUAGGGAGAGUAGAGGUUUACUGCCAAAUUUGAAAAUGAAAACAUCAAGAAUGAAGAAAGGUGACAUAAUAUUUUCCAGAAAAGGUGAUAUUCUCCUAGCAUGGAAAGACAAGCGGGUUGUCCGAAUGAUAUCAACGAUCCAUGACACUUCUGUCUCAACAACAGGAAAAAAAAAAUAG